AUGAUAAUACGACCGCCCCCGUCGCUUCCCUCGCGACUCCUCAACCCCUCCACCCUUCUACGCCGCCAACCGGCUUUCACCCCAAAAUCUCGUCUCCUAAACAGCAGCCACCAAACCCGAACCUUCAUCCUCCCAACAACUUCCAGCUCCCCGCAACGUCUAACCGUAACCCGGAAUCUCCAUCACCCACCGUCAAAACUCUUCACCUUGAUCUCCGAUAUAAACUCAUACUCCUCAUUCGUCCCCUUCUGCGUAAAAUCCACGGUCACAUCUACAACUUCGCCUCCGGAUUCUUUCCCUACCACAGCAGACCUAAGAGUCGGAUGGGGCGGUUACGACGAGACUUUUUCGAGUAAAGUGCAGUGUGAGCGAUUCGAUGACGGGAAAGGAGGAGUUGUGCUGGCUGAUGCUAGUGAGAAUGGAAUUUUUGAGGUGCUAAGAGCUAGAUGGGUUGUUAAUGAUAAGGAUAUGGGCACGGAUACUGUGGAGAAGAAAAAAGAGGAGAGUAAGGUGGAUUUGGAGAUCGAAUACAAGUUUGCGAAUCCGUUGUAUGCGGUUAUGAGUGAAGCGGUGGUUCCGGUGGUUGCGGGCAAGAUUAUUGAGGCGUUUGAAGGGAGAGUGGAGCAGGUGCUUGGGAAGAGGUGA